CGACAUAUUUGAAUACCCUUCACUUCCAGAUUUCAAUAUCUUUUAGUUUCAAUUUUAUUUUAUUUUUUUUUUACAAAAACCGUCAAUCACAAUUCGCACCUCAUUUUCGCUUGCGGUCUUGAAACAAUGCGACGCAUACACAACUCUACUUUCGUGCCGAAGUUUAGUUAUGGCAAGUGGACGUGGAAUAAAGCCUUAGAACGUCUUGAAUUCGAUCCCGUUAAAGAUGCCGAGCUGGAAAAGCAGGAUUAUGUGAAAACGUGUGGCUUUAAAUUCAGCAAGACCAUAAACCAACUGGACGAGUUGAUAUUUCUGCAAGAGUUUCAACGCUCCGAACUCACACACGAUGCUGAUGUCAUACUCGUGCAGGAUAUAAAAAAUGUCGUACUCUUCUUAGCACCUUCUGAGACCAUAACGCGCGAUUUUAUACUCUUUCUACACACCUUCACAGUCGAUCGUUUCUUACGCGCACUCAUCAUCUAUUUCGAGAAUUAUUUAAAAAUGGUUGAGUUUGUUCUGAUACGACGUGAUGAGAUCAGCGGCGAGAAGGCGCAAAUACAAAGUGAGGACACAAAUGAGAUCAAACGCAUCUACUCGUCCUACCUCACACAGCAUCGUCUGCUGUUGGCGCGUGAAUACAGUCUCAUAAUAGCCGGUGAGGGAGAAAUGAAACGCUACUACCACAUAACGCCCAUUGUCAAUAUCUCACAAUCUAUUAAGGAUAAACGCUUUCAUGAAACCUUCUUGGCAUAUUCCACGCAAUUGGUCUGGAUAGCUAUGCAUCGACGCGCCUACGAAUACAUCGACUUGGAAAUGUAUCGACUCUUUCGUUCGGAACAUUUCAAGCUCAAACGUUAUGCGCACAUUAAUUUCACCGAGGCCGAAGCCAAUAUGCUCUAUGGUAAGAAUUAUAAACGAGUAAAUUAUCGCGCACAAAACUCGCCACUCAUACAGGAACUGGCCAAUGUGGCUACAGAGAAUUUGCCGAUACUGUGGAUUGGUGAGCGCAAGUAUCGUGGCACCGAUUUGCGCAUACACCAACUGGAACUGGAGUACAUUGUGCCGGACAGUCAGUUGACUUUGAUCGACACAUGUCACGGAAUACUUGGUCAUCCUAAGAAACUCUACAAUACCCUUUUGGAAAUCAAUUGGGAGGAAGUGCGUUUUAAGAACUUUUCCGAAAUUUAUGAUCCAUAUCAAUUGGUGCGACAGCCGGCACUUAAAAUACCCAACAUCGAUGAGGAGAAAAUACGUAAACACGCGCAGAAAUUCGAUACCUACUAUCAUGUGCGUCUGCAGUAUGAGCGUGUUAGCAAGGCGGUUAUAGAUAAAUGGUGUCGACGCGAUGCGAUCAUGGCGUACUUUACCACAGAGGGUAUGAUAACCAAUAUAGUGACGCAGUGUGAGAGGGAGAUCACAAGCGAUACAUAUGGACCAAGUGUUGAAGAGAUAACGAGCAAGUUUUUGGCUCGCAAGAGAUUGCUGCGAAAAGAGUAGGGGAAAGAGGUAGUGACUGGCAAACGAGCAGACAUAUACGUGUAUGUAUCUCUCUAUAGCAAGGAGUAGAGGCAAAUGUCGAGCUAUGAAAAUUCGAUUUCUGUGUGAAUUUACAUUUAAUAGUUUUUAAAGAAUUUUUUUCGCGAAAUAUUUUUAGUUAAAAAU